GUACUGGUACUCAACCACUGGUACUGAUUCUAGAUCCCGGUACUGGUCCUCAACCAACCAGAAAACUCGUGGUAACAAUAUUUUCGAGUAAACAAAGACGCACUCUACAUUAACCUUCUCGGUGAACGGACCGAAAAAGACAUCGGAUUCCAGUGCUCUGUUAGCAGUGUUUCUUCUACAGUGGUAGAAAAAAGCAGCCCGAGGAUGCCAGGCCUGCGAAGCGGCGGCUCUAGCGACAAGGGAAGAUGUAAUCGACGCGAUGGUGUCGCUGGUAAGGCGCGCAUACAUCGACACUCCGGGACGGUGACACGGGUAUCUCCACGCCGUACAGUUUCAAGUGGUAGCAGGGCUCACAGUGCUACUUUUCGACGCAGCCCUGCCGAAGCUGCAAAGACUGUUGAAAGACGUAAUGCAAUAGAGAUCAGUAGCGCAUGGGAUAUGCUAAAAGUCUCCCCUACGGAGGAACUGUCCGACACAAGUGACACGGGCGAUGUCCAGCGUUUGCUAGGCGGUGGCAACACAGGAAGAGAGAUUUCAAGCAACGUUGAACACGAAGUAUUCGUGCAGGGAAAGGUCGCCAAAAACGCGCAACGCAACGCCGCAAUUACUCCCAAAGACGAAGCUCGAUCGAAACGCUUGAGAGGCAUAGAAGAGUCACGAAAAAGGAUGCAUCGUAUUAUUCGGCGAGGUGAAGGCGCAGUACUAGAUAAUAGCGGAUCUGACAGCAAAGAGACGGAAUGCAGUCCACAACAGCAUACAGAAAGGCGACACGGGAUAGAUGUUGACAGGCGCCCAUCUACCAUACGCAUCAUUCGGGACGACAGUGAUAAAGAAAACGGCGGUAGCGACAAUGUACACGGUCCACAAAUUGGAAAUACGGACAUCGUCAGAGGGAGCGGCAAUAGAAGGACGCCUAGGCCGCCUCGCAAGAACGGAGCAGUACAAAAUGAAGUUCCGGCACAGUUGGUACCCCACGGUGGAGGGUCACCGUCUAGCGGAGGCUUGCCUGAGACAGGGCGUAGACGAUGGUUCUCAGUUCUGAACUGCGGGUUGAGACAUUAUGAUUGAACGUGAGAUAACGGCAGCUGGUUAUUUUCUAAAUGAAAAUCAACGAAAUCGGAACAGAAGGGUUAGAGCAUAUGGGUUAUGAUGUGGAUUCAAGUGUAAUCGAUCAGAUAUUAGAUUGCUUAAACGCAGUGGAGAAGCGAAGACA